AUGGCGUCGCCGAAGAUGAUAGCAUCAAGUUCACCGCCUAAUCCGGAUCUUCCACGUAAGUCCACCACAGCCUCCACCUUAAAUCUUCACUCCGAUCACGCCCGGGGGUUCGGCAGCGGCGAUGUCGCGGGAGGAGGAAGAGGAGGAUCAGCCGCCGUCGAAUGCGCUGGCGGUGCGGAAUUGAGAAAUGCCAACAGGAGCAAGAAGGUGGACGAGGUGUGGAGGGAAAUCGUGAGCGGAGGGGGUAGCGCGGAGCCGGGGAUGACUCUGGAGGAUUUUUUGAACAAGGCGGGUGCUGGGAACAAGGUGGACGCUAGGGUUCCGGCUCCGGGAGCCUUAGGGAUGGAGGCGGUCAUGAUGAAUACCGCCGCGCCGGCGGUGUGCGCGCAGAACGGGUUCGGCAUAGAGUUCGGGAACGGGAUGGCGGCGGUCGGCGGGAGCGGAAGGGGGAAGAGGAGAGUGGCCAUGGAGGAACCACCACUGGACAAGGCCACGCAACAAAAGAGAGGCGGAUGA